AUGGGCUUUGUGCAGCUGAAUGCAUCGGAUGAUGCCAGUCUAACACAUAUCCUAGAGGAGUCCAUCAAGCUCCUCCCCGAGGUCACAGACGCUGGGUACACUGGUUAUGCCACCAUUGACCAAGAGUUUGGAGCCAUCUUCAUCAAGCCUAAUAGCACCGUUGAAGACUUUAACAAAAAUUUCGCAGGGUUUUUCAACCUGACUCAACUCCCUGGUAUCCAAGGUGCGGUUGGAGCUCAAGCGUCAACCUGGGACGGAUACGUCGCAAAUAUCCUCCAGGACCCCAACAUUGGCACUAAUAUUCAAGACCCCUCGCGGCUCUUGACCAGGGAUGUGAUUAACAAAAAAGCGGACGAAUUGGCCCGCUUCCUUGUCAAAAAUCCGGGAGGAGGAUUCAAUUUCAGUAAGUGA